CAAGUGCAUGAAGCAAAACUUCAACACAAACUCAACCAUGAUCAGCUCCACCUCCACCUUCUCGGCCCUCGCCCUUCUCCUCCUCUCAACCACAAUACUAUCUUCAGCUUCUCUACUUCAAUCACUAGACCCCGUCACAGAACGACUUCUAGACCCGUUCCGCGUCCUCGAACACAUUCCGUUCGAGCUGGAACGGGGCGAUUUAGCCACACCGUUCUAUCCGACUACCGCGACCGUGAACUGGAAGGAAACAGCAGAAGCCCAUGAAAUCUCCAUCGACGUCCCUGGCAUGAAGAAAGACGAGCUUAAAAUCGAAGUUCUAGAUGAGAAUCGUGUGUUACGAGUCAGUGGCGAGAGGAAGAGGGAGGAAGAGAAGAGGGGGGAGAAAUGGCAUCGUGUUGAACGAGCCGAGAGGUUCUGGCGUCAGUUCAGGGUGCCGGAAAACGUUGAACUUGACGCUGUGAAAGCGAAGUUGGAGGAUGGCGUGCUUACCGUGACACUGCCCAAGCUUGCGCUGGACAAGGUGAAGGGUCCUCGGACGGUGAAUAUACUCGGCGGCGAUUUGGAGAAGGAGAGUUUGGGCGGCGUAAGGGAUGUUGGGAAGAAGGUGGAGCUCUGAGUGGAUGCAUGGUCUAAUAACUGCUGAUUAUAUGCUUGGUAUGUAUGUUUAGAAUGAAGGAAGAAAACGUGCUUUAGUUUGUCUGGUCAUGGAUUUGGCUAUGAGGCUUUAUAUGGAUUACCU